AUGUGGAAGAUGGUCCCAGUGUUCUCAGAUAAUUCACAUGGCCCUGACUGUGGACAGCAAUGGUUCCCUAGUUUAGAACUAGGCCAUUGGUUGUACCAAACUGAACUGGUUGAGAAUGAAUGUUGCCAAGUAUUCUUAGACCGUAUUAACAGAGCUGAUUAUUGCCCUGAGUGUUAUCCUGAUAAUCCUGCUAAUAGAAGCCUUGUUCUUCCUUGGUCUUUCCCACUUGAGGGGGCUCCCCAAAAUCUUACCAGGUGGACCUUUGAAAAAUCUUGCCACCCAUUUCUUCUGGGUCCUCCACUGGUUAGAAAAAGGAUACAUGACUCUCGAGUUGCUGGUUUUAACCCUGCAUUACAGUUAAUCCUGACCAGAACAGACAAAACCUUGAACAAAAAACUUGGCCAAAGCAAAUAA